UCGUCAUGUUUGUGCGUUUUCGUUCUCGCUCUGCCAGCUGUGCCUGGCUCAGCGCCUAUUUCGAACCCAUGCGUGCGCGUUUUGGAAGUUAUGGCAGGAUGCGUUUGCCUCGUCGUGCUGAAGGAUGGCCAGCGGAAAAAUGUUUCACUCCCUAACGGUGCCUACGGCGAACUGAUGGAUGCUCUCGCUUCCUUAACCAACAUACAUGACAAGACCUUGAUCCAAAUGUAUGAUGAAGAGCUAGACAACUAUGUUGAUCUUGAGGAAGGAAGUGACGUACCAAACAAGGCUAAAAUAAAAUUGGCGCGGAAACAAGGCCUUCAUGUUGAUGGUGCCAGCCCUGCGUUGACUUUUGUGCAGAGUGCAGGAGGAGCUGUGGAAAUGGCCGAGCAGAGUGCCGUGACAGAAAACGCGCAAAACGUGCAGUCCAUCCAGUCGGUGCCACUGGAAAAGGAACGGGAUUUUUUAGGUUUUGUGCUCCCUUCUUUUGGGCACUACGACGAGGUGCUGAGGAGAAAAAUACAAAUAAAUGGCGCUGUGCGCCGUGCCAUAGUUGACAAGCUCUUUGGCGCAUACAUCAAGAUCGCAUGGAAUCAUGGGUGAUGGCCCUGAGGAACAAGUUCCAACAACGCAAGAAAAAAGCUACAAAACUGCUCGGAGGAAAUUCUAAUUCGAAAGAAACGCCGUCUGCCAAAGCAAAUGCAGGCACCAUCUGAAGAAGUGGCAAACAACAAAUUGUGCCGUCUUUUUGCGAGUUGCUUUGAAAAAUAUUUCUUAUAUCUUCUGAUGGUAUCUUGGUGUAGCAGCUGCAGUACCACUGGUGCUGCGCUAUUAUUUAGUGCGUUGUGGCAGCAGACUUCUUAAAUAACUAAGGUGACAAAUGCAGGAAAAAUAAAUUAGUUACAUUGUGCAAUAAAAGCUCAUCAAUUUGGAUAUCAUCAGACGAAAAAAAAUGACCGAAUUAACAGAGUGCCUUGUUAUUGAAAGUAUCAAGAAAACAAUAAACAAAUGCCUGUUACGUUAAUACACUUUCAUUUUCUGAUAAAUAAGUACAUCCUGUAUUUCUGUGCAUAAGAGCAGUGUAAAAGCCGCAUUAGUCAUCCUGUGACUGCGUUCACAUUGUGACCAUGGCACAAGACUCCAGUGUUUAAUUAGCCUGAAGUGUGCUCUACACCCCUCCCUUAUAACGUACCGCCGCCACCACCACCACGUAUCUGACGGUACUUUUUUCUCUCAUAAAAUGUUUGGCAACUGAUUGUUUGUUCAUCGCGACAUAGCAAUAAAGUUUUAUGUCAGCAUGAGGACUGCGGCUGAAAGCUCUUGGCAUUCAACAGCUUCUGCGUUGUUUGAGUUUUGUGGCUUUGCGCGCGCAAUAAAGUCCAAAGCUGCUGAGUGCCGAAUUUGCAUGCAGAGAAUACACUAAAGAAUGUUACGUAUCAUAUUCGCAGUGUCACAUCGUAGCGUGCGAUGUUGUGAAUAUCACACGU